AUGGUCUAUCAGGCUAUUCAUACAAUAGAAUAUUGUCUCGGUUGUAUCUCGCAUACCGCCUCCUACCUACGACUUUGGGCACUUUCACUUGCCCAUGCCCAACUGUCCGAAGUACUGUGGUCAAUGGUGUUCGAUAUAGCGUUUGGAAUGCGCGGUUAUGCGGGCGUUGCGGGACAGUUUAUUAUAUUCUGGAUAUUCGCUUUGUUAACCAUCUCGAUUCUGAUCCUUAUGGAAGGGUUGUCGGCGUUCCUUCAUGCACUCCGUCUUCAUUGGUGA